AUGCGGCUCUGCGUGGGGUUCCCGGCCAUCCCGACGCCGGUGGGGCCCCAGCGGCACCGGCGACCCCGGCGCAGGCGUGGCGCGGGCGCGGCGGCGAUUUCCGAGAGGGCGCUAGAGCUGCUCGCUCUUCCCAACGACGGCGUCCCCAAGCUGCUUCUCGACAUAGGAUGUGGUUCUGGGCUUAGUGGUGAGACAUUGAUGGAGCAUGGCCACCACUGGAUUGGCUAUGAUAUUUCAAAGUCGAUGCUCGAUGUUGCCUUGCUCAUGGAAGAGUCCGCGUCACGGCGUGCAAUGAUUGCAUCGAUCGAGAUAAUAAUCAGAAUGCAUGGAUAA